UUUUACUUGCGGAGAACAGCAGCAGCAGCUCGCACACAUUCAGCUACCUGUCGCCACACGGUCUGGGCGCCCAGCGCGGUCCGCUUUUAAGUUCAUUGUUGUACACUUUUGCGUUAGUCAUUUUGUCCAGGAGACCGGCAUAUAUCAUACCCGCGUUCCUCUGGUCCAUUGUCUGACAUUUGUCCAGGCACUGGAGGAGAGAAGGUGAAAGAUGACGCAGUUUUUACCCCCAAACCUACUGGCCCUGUUUGCACCGCGGGACCCCAUACCUUUCCUGCCCCAGCUAGAGAAGUUGCCCCAUGAGAAGCAUCACAACCAGCCUUACAGUGGCAUCGCACCAUUUAUCAGGCACUUCGAGGACCCCAGAGAUGCCCCUCCACCAACAAGAGCAGAGACCCGGGAGGAGCGGCUGGAGAGAAAGAGGCGAGAGAAGAUUGAGAGGAGGCAAGCAGUGGUGGAGACAGAACUCAAGCUUUGGGAUCCCCAUAAUGACCCCAAUGCUCAAGGAGAUGCCUUCAAGACAUUGUUUGUUGCGCGGGUGAACUACGAUACUACAGAGUCCAAGCUUCGUCGUGAGUUUGAGGUCUAUGGCCCCAUCAAACGGAUUUACAUAGUCUACAACAAGAGGACGGGGAAGCCUCGGGGCUAUGCAUUCAUCGAAUACGAGCACGAGCGAGACAUGCACUCCGCCUACAAGCAUGCGGACGGGAAGAAGAUUGAUGGCAGAAGGGUGUUGGUGGACGUGGAACGAGGACGCACUGUCAAAGGAUGGCAUCCUCGCAGGCUAGGUGGUGGAUUGGGUGGCACUAGAAGAGGUGGAGCUGAUGUCAACAUUAAGCACUCUGGCAGAGAUGAUGCAUCACGUUACGAUGAUCGCCCCCUGGGGGGUGAUCGGGAGCGCGGAGACCGGAGAGAGCGCAGCCGGGAGCGCGACCGGGACAAGGACAGAGAGCGCCGGAGGUCCCGAUCCCGCGAACGACGCAGACGUACCCGUUCACGGGAGAGAGAGAGGGAGAGAGAGAGACCGAUUGGAGGGGGAGAAGACACUGGAGUUAGUAGCCGGCGUCGAGAGCGAGAGAGGGAGCGUGGGGGGGCAACGGGAGGAGACAGUAGGAGUAGAGAGAGGAGUAGAGAACGGAAGAGAAGGAGCAGGAGCCGAGAUCGCAAAAGAGACAGGGAGAGAGGCAAGGGACUGGAUGGAGAGGAGGUCAGCCAGGGAGAUGGUGCCCCUGAGGGUGGGGAGCGUAUGCUGGAGGAACAUGAAGGAGAAGUGGGGGAGGGUGUGGAGGAGCGCAGAGACAGGGAAAGAGAAAGGGACAGAGACCGCAGGCGCAGCCACAGGGACAGAGACAGGCGCAGGGGAGACCGUGACAGAGACAGGGAGCACAAGAGGGAGCGCGGGGACAGAGAAAGGGGGGACCGCAGAGAGGAGCGCCACGGCUCCCUACGAGACGACCUUGGGCCCCAGGAUGACAUUGGCAAUGAGGAUGAAGGAGGAGCACCGCCCCACAUGGAGGAGUACAGUCAAGACGGGAUGAUGAUGGACCAGCAGUCAGUGCCAUCGGGUGACGGCUAUGGCUCCAGUGAGAAUGGCUACAAGAUGGAGGCACCAGGAGAUGAGUACUGAUAAGGUCCCUCUCCCAGCGGGCCCCCACUCAUAAAUAAGUUGUUUCAUACUUAAACAUGGCCCAUAACUGUUUAUCAAGGCACAGGAAGCCUAAAUGAUGUUGGGGCUUCCUCAGCACCAGACCUCUAGCUAGCUUUCUCCUAUCUGUAAAGAACCUGUUGAAAUAAUUCCAAUUGAUACUGUUGCACACACAGUUGACACAUAACUGAUUUUGAUCUCACUAAAGUUGCAGUUUUCCUGUUUUGCCCAACUAAUCCGUGCCACUAAAUGUUUUCAGAUUACCUUAGUGAUUCAAGAUAGGUUUGUAUGUUUUUGUUUUUUUCACUUUGCUUGGGAUGAACUGUGUAAACCAGAGCUCUAUUUGUUUUUAGAUGGGUAGAUUGUGUUGUCUUUUAUUUACAGAUUCAUAAAGCAGUUAGAUUGUAUGCUCAUUUGGACCCAGUGACCAAUUUCUGCUCAAUGUAUGUGAAAUUGAAGGAAAUGUAGUAUUAUGUGACAUUUGAGGGCUGUUCUGUUUAUUCAUUCUGGAAUAAAAAAAAAAAGUAAAUUA